AUGUGUGCUGAUUUCCCGCGUGGUUUCUUUCCGGAUUGGUGGGAUAUACAUACCCACAAAGCUAAUCAUCUUAACCAACUGCCGAGUAUCCGGGUGCCGUUUGGGAAUGGGAGAUCUACGACUGCUGACUGGGGUCGUGUGGGGUCCUGCCAGUUAACCUUGUCAGACGACGCAGUCCAAGUACAUCCCCAACUCUCUUGCGAUUUAGCUGGAGCCUUGCAUCGUGCUGGAUGCCCCGAACCCGUUUUGCCUGUUCAUUAUCAUUGGAGCCAAAAAAAGGCGAAUCUUUCAUCUUCUUCAUUUUCUAAAACCCUUUUUAAGGAGUUGGGUAUCACGCAGCUCCUCGACGACCCUGUUUUUGGUGAACAAGCCUGUGCGACAUUUGUUUGUGCCAAGUUUGUGACUUUUCUAAAUCAGAAUGUACCAAAUUUGUCCAAAUCACAAAUGAGACGGCGGAAAUAUAUCGAAACCCGUGCUUCAGCGGAUAAUACACUAAAAUUCUUGGAAUUAAUUGAGAAAUCCACAUCGAAAGUUCUUUCUUCGGCCCGCCAGUCUGAAGUAUUACAAAGAGCAUUGGAGAAGAUUGUGAACACUGUCAAAGACUUGACUGCUGAACCAUCGGAGGUUGAGGAGGGAAUUCGACGCGAGAUAUUGCGAAAAAGACGACUUAAACUCCAAUCUCCUUUGACUCCUUCCCUUGGGUCUAUGUUUAGGAUUCCUUUUGAUGAGGUGCAGGCCAAAGCUGUUUCAAAGUACCUCGGUUUCGAUGAGGAGGCAAGCACAGAAACACAACCAAAAUUUUCGCAAUUGUCUUAUCUUUCUUGUGGAAUUGACCCCUUUCUUAUUGCUCUAUCGGCAAGGCCGGUGAAUCCAGAUUUCCUCGGCAGUGGCUGCCUUCGUGUGAUUGGAGAGGGGAAUCCUUUAAUGUUAUGGGCUCCACCCGCUCUGACCACAUCCACCCCAAAGAUAUUUCUCGCUUUGCUCCCCAACGCCGUCUCAUUUCCCCUCUCAACAAAUCAGUAUACGUCCUUUCAAGUGCCUGAUGAAUUUGUGGGGUCUUCCGUGUGUGAGAUCGACGCCGUUCAACUAGAUGAAUUUUCCCUUUAUUCCAUCGCCCGGAAUACAGGCAGUCAGGUAUUUACGAGCAGGACGAGGCUCAAGCUUCUGGACUCGGGGAGUUUGACAGUGGUGGAUUGUGAUCACACUCAAUUCAACUCAAGCAUCAACUACUACAAACCUACCUCGGUGGCCAUAUGCCCCUGGUGCAUACAUUCGGACAGAUCGAGUGUAGCCUCACUCAGGUGGGCUCUCGCUGGCCGCACGCAUGAUCCUGUGGCUUUUCCCGAUGCGCACUUGGCUGUCGUGGAACUCUUUGAUGCUGGGUUAAAUCGACGUCUGUGGUGCGGUCGAAUUCCACUCAGCAGCGAAGGUGAAUGCAUAACCCACCUGCUGACUAACUCGGUAGCAGCAUCGAGUUUGGACUUCGUAGACAAAUGUUACACGAAAUUUGAGGAAUCAAAACGGACAUAUGCCAACUCUUUCCUCUACGAGAGUCUCCUCGACUACUGUCAGCAAGUUCAAAAAAAGCAGAAGGGAGGUUUUUUGUCACCAGAGCAGUUGCUUUAUCGUGCGGAGCUUGAUUUUCGACUGAGCCACGCUUCCACGUGGGUGCGUGUGGGUUUUGCAGACGCUCCAGGCCUACUUUGCCUUGCAACACCAAAACGACUUCUUUGUCUUGACACCCGCAUCUCGGGCGCGCGAGCGGCUCAGGAGUUGUUCAACAUGGCCACGAAAGUGGUCGACAUGGACAAGGGGCGGUCAUUCAAUCCUUACGAGAGCAUUUUCUACGCACAACCCCAGUGGUAUGGUGACACAUACGCUCUGCUUGCUACUGACUACAGCGGCUUGGUUCUGGACAAGCGCAUGCCCGGACAUCCCGUCCUACACUGGUCUCAUGCCCUAAGAGGUCCUUUAACCUAUGCACAAAUCUGCGAUGUCAAAGACCAAUCUGGCGAAUUUCCCGCACAGGCGGCACUCGUGGCGGCUUCGCAGAUGCCCGGAGAACUUUCGAUUAUGGGGAUCAAUUUUAACAGGAAUAUUGCCUUGCCGCCCACUGUAGUUGGACCCUGCAUGACAAAUGGAACUCUCACUGACAUUCUGGACUGUCCACUCAACAAUCUUCACAGUGGUAUCUUAGAUCCUCAUUUUUGCAACGAGCGGUUCACCACAGGCCUGGUGGGUUCGACAGCUUAUGUACUUCGAGAUGAAUGUGACAUCAAGCCAAUCGGGGUUCGUGGUCUCAUGUUGACUUCCCGCGGUGACAUAUUCAGCGAGGACUGGUAUUUCUCCGAACACAGGGCUGCAGAACUACAUCAAAGCCGUGCAGAGGAGGUACGCUCCUGGUGUCUGGGUUUCAACAGUUCUAACGAACCAGAACCAUCCCGAUUUAAAGUAUCUGGCCUUGCCGAUGAGCUGCUGAAUAAUGUCGUUAAAACUCGCCAAAAGUCGACGAAGGCGACAUUUGAGCUUUUCACGAUUGAAGAUGUCAUUUCCGAAUCUAAACGUGAAUUUGCGGAUCCGACAUAUCCCAAGGAGCUCUAUUCCGACUUGUGUCAACUCCUUACCAGUGGAUCUGUGCCGCCUUCGCUGUCUCUAAGCCGCAGAGAUGAGGAAAAGAAGUACGACUCAUUCAUAGAUCAGAUUAUUGACGAAGCCAAGAAGAAGAUGAAGAAAUAG